CUUGUUUUUAUAUGCUUUUCUUUACUUUCUCUUUCCCUCUCCCUCUCUGUGUCGCUUGCUAUUCUUCUUCUUCUCUAAUCUAUCCGAUUGUUUUUCUCGCUAUGACACCAGGACAAAACUACUAUCUGGUACCGGUUCUGGGUCGAUGAAACCUCAGGUUUUACGACACUCGCCGCUGAUUAAUCGGCCUCCCAAAAUGCUCAAGAAUAAAGGGAUUCAAUCAGUCGAAGUGAUUGAUGUUGAUAAAGAUGAAGAUUUCAAUAAUGUCAUAUAUAUUCAUGACGGUGUUGAGAACAAUGACAAAGGAAAGGGUAUAUAUCACAAUAGUGACCAUGAAUUGCAGGAAAUGAUGGCUAGCCCUUCAUAUAGUCCAGAUGUGGAAAUCCUAGAGGGUGGAAAUGAAGUUGAAUCUGCUUUUCCCUCAGCACAACAUAAUGUGAUUGACCUAGAUAAUCACUAUUCUGAUUCAUCAAAUGGAGAUGAGUGGAUUCCUUUUGAUGAAAUCAUGGAUGUGGAUGAAUAUUCAGCUCUGCAAGCCCAUUUUGAUCAUAUGGAUAUUCCCCCCGAUAUUGAAGCACCAAUACCUUGGCUGCCUCAUGGUCAAAAUAGACAUAAGUCCAUCUUUGGAACUAGUUCAUCAUUUGCAGAAUCACAAAUCAACCCAGGUUCUGUUAAUCAGCUAGGAAAUUCACCUGCUCAUGCUAAGUUGAAGGCGACUUUAGCAAAUAGCCUAAACUUGCAGGCUGAGAUUGACAUUGUGAAUCAUCCUCCUGAAGGUACUGAACCUUUUACUUCGUUUACUUCACAAGAUGUCCUACCUAAUAAGAAAUCAGUUGCAUCCCGUUACCGGGACAAAUCUGGUUUACCUCAUGAGGUUAUAAACUCUUUACUUGGUGCUGAAGCAGCUAAAACUCGGUGGUUUUCAGAUCCAUUCAAGCGUAAAAAGAAGCUACAUGGUUCAAAUAAUAUUUCUAUUAAUCAAUCAGAUUCGAGGAAGCUCCAUAAUAAUGGCGGCGAGACAUCUUCUGAUACAUCUGAAACUGUAAAGAAGCAAUUCAGUUCAAAUAAUAUGUCCUCUUUCAAUUUCCCUGCCUAUAUGGACAACAUUUAUUAUCCUCCAGGAGCAGGAGCAUCCUUGCCACAUUGGCCAGAUUAUGCCAAAAUGAAAACCAAGGAGCUUGUUUUAAACCCUCCUUCUGUUUCAGAUUAUUAUGGUCCAUUUGAUCAUCUUAUUCCUCCUCAUCCUCUUCACCCUCCAACUCUGGGAGAAGUUGUAGACAUGCCAUGGAUUCAGGGUUCCACUCGAGAUCCUGCAAACCUUGCUCCAGACAACUCAACACUUGAAACAAUUUCAAUUGCGGAUUUGGAUGAAAUCAUGAGGAAAUUUGAGCAAUUUAAACGAUUUGAUACUGUCGAUGAUCAUUCUGACCAUCACUAUACCAGCAAGGGUUUUACCAUGAAGCAGCUGCCUAAGAAAUGGACAAAGAGAAUUCAGGAAGAAUGGAAGAUCUUGGAGAAAGAUUUACCUGAUACCAUAUUUGUUAGGGCAUACGAGUCAAGGAUGGAUCUUCUGAGGGCUGUCAUCAUUGGAGCAGAGGGUACUCCAUACCAUGAUGGGUUGUUUUUCUUUGACAUAUUUUUCCCCAUGGGUUAUCCAGAUGUACCACCACUAGUCUAUUACCACUCUGGGGGCCUUCGACUUAACCCGAAUUUGUAUAACUGUGGGAAAGUAUGUCUAAGUCUGCUUAACACCUGGAGUGGCAGUGGAAAUGAGAGGUGGAUUCCGGGCAUGUCAACAAUGCUUCAGGUUCUUGUAUCCAUCCAAGGGUUGAUCUUGAAUACAAAACCCUACUUUAACGAGCCCGGGUUUGCAAAUCAAAAUGGAUCUGUUGCGGGUGAGAAUAGGUCUCAACAGUAUAACGAGGAGACAUACCUCCUGUCUAUGAAAACCAUGGUGUACAACAUCAGGAGGCCACCAAAGCAUUUUGAGGACUUUGUUAAGGGACAUUUUUUCAAGAGGGCACAUGAUAUUCUGGUGUCAUGUAAAGCAUAUAUGGAUGGAGCUCAGGUGGGAUCUCUAGUUAAAGGCGGGGUUCAAGAUCUCGACCUGAGCGACAAGUGCUGCUCGAACCAUUUUAAGCAAUCCCUGUCCCAAUAUUUGAGUAUGCUUGUCAAGACUUUUCAACGUAUGGGAGUCGGUGACUGUGAGAAGUUCCUACUGCCACCGCCGUCACUGCCUGUAUCGAGUGCAAAAAAGCGAUCAGGUAGGCAUAGUGAGCUUAAAAUAGAAAGCUUGAAUGGCGAUGGCGCCACUGAAAAGUUGGUUUUGGGAUAGAUUUUGAACAUGUUAACGUCUAACCGAAACAAACUUUUUGCUGUUGAUAAAUGUCCAGAGUAGUUUAGAGUUUUAAUCAUAGUAGAGCAUGCUGCCAUAUGUUAAUAAUACCCUCUCCCUCAUAAUGAACACAUCUGAUCUCUAAUUUUUGUAUAUAGCCUAAGCCUCCUCCUAUAUGCACUGGAUGAGAAUGUUUUUCAUUUUUAAACAGGCUAUGACACUGGUUUAACCUCUAUAGUUUCCUCUAUUAAUGCAUAUUUUGGAUAUAAAGGCUUUGUUUUGAUGAUUA